CCCAUCGUUAGGCGCGGGUGUGGACGCAGAAUUUCCCUUUAUGUUUUGGACAAACGUUUCUGCGUCGGGGGCCGACAUGAAGGAGUGUCGCUGCCCGUUGUGUGUGAUAACCAGGAUGGCCGGGUAGAACAUGUCGUAGCGGAGCCCCAGGGACUGGAGCAUCAACGAGCCGCUGCUGCCGAUGUUUUUUUCAUCCACGUGCUGCAACAAGAACCUGCAGGAUGGAAGCAGGUUCUCAGGAGAUUUGAGGAAUCUGCUGCUGAUCUCCAGCUGAUCUCCAGCUGAUCUCCAGUUGAUCUCCAGCUGAUCUCCAGUUGAUCUCCAGCUGAUCUCCAGCUGAUCUCCAGCUGAUCUCCAGCUGAUCUCCAGUUCAUCUCCAGUUCAUCUCCAGCUGAUCUCCAGCUGAUCUCCAGCUGAUCUCCAGUUGAUCUCCAGUUGAUCUCCAGCUGAUCUCCAGCUGAUCUCCAGUUGAACUUCUCCAGGUGCUUCAGCAUCAGUCAGGAUGGCAGCGGCAGCUGAACCAGUGUCUGAGCUGAGGGUUGUUCUGCUGGGGAGCAGCUGGAGUCAGAGGAACUCCGUGGAGAACUUCAUACUGGACCAGAGCAUCUUCAACACCAAAUCUCUCAGCUGCACCAGAACCACCAGGCAGUUUAGAAACAAACAUGUAACAGUCAUCAACACUCCAGACCUGCUGAGUCCUACAGAGGAAACACUGAACCAGUUCCUGAAACACUGUGCAGGAGUCUCUGAUCCUGGACCUCAUGUGUUCCUGUUGGUCCUACAUCCUGAAGACUUCAAUGAGGAACACAAAGAGACGCUCUGCAGAAUCCUUGAAACUUACAACCAUCAAUCAUUUGAUCAAUGCCUGAUACUGGUGAGAGAGGAGAGCUCCGGCUUCAGAGCAAGCCACAUGGAAAAUCCAACAUUGAGAGAGAUGAUCAGAAAAUGCAGAUACAGAAACCUGAAGAUGAGGGACAUCGACCGUUCAGAGCUGCUAACACGCUUGGGUCAAGUUGCAAAAGAGAACGAUGGAGAACAUGUGACCUGUGGAGUAUUUGAAGAAACAACUUCACCAGGAGGACGUCCUUGGAAACGUUGCAGCAGCCUCGAGAUCUUACCUCCUUACAUGUCUGAGCUGAGGGUUGUUCUGCUGGGGAGCAGCUGGAGUCAGAGGAACUCCGUGGAGAACUUCAUACUGGACCAGAGCAUCUUCAACACCAAAUCUCUCAGCUGCACCAGAACCUCCCGCCAGUUUAGAAACAAACAUGUAACAGUCAUCAACCCUCCAGACCUGCUGAGUCCUACAGAGGAAACACUGAACCAGUUCCUGAAACACUGUGCAGGAGUCUCUGAUCCUGGACCUCAUGUGUUCCUGUUGGUCCUACAUCCUGAAGACUUCAAUGAGGAACACAAAGAGACGCUCUGCAGAAUCCUUGAAACUUACAACCAUCAAUCAUUUGAUCAAUGCCUGAUACUGGUGAGAGAGGAGAGCUCCGGCUUCAGAGCAAGCCACAUGGAAAAUCCAACAUUGAGAGAAAUUAUCAGAAAAUGCAGAUACAGAAACCUGAAGAUGAGGGACAUCGACCGUUCAGAGCUGCUAACACGCUUGGGUCAAGUUCUAAAAGAGAACGAUGGAGAACAUGUGACCUGUGGAGUAUUUGAAGAAACAACUUCACCAGGUGAGGACUCGGGACAAAACAACUGGACAGAUCAACUCAAAGGUGUUGCAAACAAACAAACCUCCAUGACUGAAGAGCAACAAGUUAAACCAGUUUUAAACCUGGUUCUGUUUGGGAGACAAGGAGCAGGGAAAACCUCGGCAGCCAAGGCCAUUUUAGGUCGGAGAGACGUUCGUUCAGUCUCCAACUCACCGGUGUGUGUCCAGAAUCGAGGAGAGGUGUGUGGACGUCGGGUUUCCCUGGUGGAGCUGCCGGCCCUGAGUGGAAAACCUUCAGAGGAAGUGAUGGAGGAAUCAUUCAAGUGUGUCUCCCUGUGUGAACCUGAGGGCGUCCACGCCUUCGUCCUGGUCCUACCUGUGGAUCCACUCACCGAUGAGGACAAGAGGGAGCUGCAGACCAUCCAGAACACGUUCAGGUCUCGGGUCAACGACUUCACCAUGAUUCUGUUCACCGUGGACUCAGAUCCCACCCAUCCAGGUGUUGUUAACUUUGUGGAAAAGAGCAAAGACAUCCAGGAGCUUCGUCAGAGCUGUGGAGGGAGAUCUCUCAUCUUCAACAUUAAGAGUAAGCAGCAGGUCCCAGAGCUGCUGGACGCUGUUGAAAAGAUGAACAAACUCACAAACGUCUGCAGUUACUCAGCAGACACAUUCAUGAAGGCCCAAAUAGAAAGAGUCGAGAGAGACAACACUGCACUGAGAGCUGAAGUAAAGAAGCUGAAAGAAGCACAGAUGUAUGAUGAAGAGCAGCAGAUCCCAGACUGUCUCAGGAUCGUUCUGAUUGGGACGACCGGCCGUGGAAAAAGCUCCUCAGGAAACACCAUUUUAGGAAGAAAAGCAUUUAAAGCUGAAGCAAACCCAACUUCAGUCACCAAACGCUGUCAGAAAGAAGUGGGUGAAGUGGACGGUCGUGCUGUUGCUGUGGUCGACACUCCCGGUCUGUUUGACUCGACUCUGUCACAUGACGAGGUCAACGAGGAAAUGGUGAAGUGCAUCAGUCUUCUGUCUCCAGGACCCCACGUCUUCCUGGUGGUGGUGCCGAUCGGCAGAUUCACCUACGAUGAGAAAGAGACACUCAAACUCAUCAGGGAAGCUUUUGGGAAGAAUUCAGAACACUUCACCAUCAUCCUUUUUACAGGAGGUGACGAUUUAGAACUUGAAGAAAAAUCUGUUGAAGAUUUCAUCAGAGAGUGCGAUGACUCGUUUCAGAAGCUGAUCCAUGACUGUGGAGGAAAGUUCCACGUGUUCAAUAACUACGAUAAAAACAAUCGUGAACAAGUCAGAGAUCUGAUAAGAAAGAUUGAUGAAAUGUUGAAGAGAAACAGAGGAAACUGCUACACCAAUGAGAUGCUGCAAGAAGCUGUAGCAGCGAUGAAGAAGGAGAUGGAGAGAAUCCUGCAGGAGAAGGUGGAAAAAAAGGAGAGAAAAGGAGGAACUCAAACAAAAACUUGAAGAAGAAAUGCAAGAAAUGAAAAGAAAAACGGAAGAAGAGAGAAAAACUACUACAGCAUACCGAGCUGAAACUCAAGGAAAUGAAGGAAAAUACAAAGAAAGAGCUUGAAGAGAAAAAGAGGGAACAGGAAAAGAGUCUAAAGUGAGAAAAUCAAGCUACGCUCGUCAGAAUGAAA